GGUCCCGGCAGAUCGCGCCCCUUGGCGCACGCGCCCCCUUCCCCGAGGUUCCUCCUGGGCGUUCUUUGCACAGCUCCCACCCCACCAGCUCUCCUAGUUCUUGGCGGUGGGCUACCUGGCGCCGGCCUCUUUCCUUGGAUCACUCCCUCUUCCUGAUCUGCUGGACUGUUCCCUGCCAUGGGGGCGGGAGCACUGGCUUUUCGGACCUCAGGCUGGGGUUCCCCCGAACGGCUGAUUCUUGAUGUGAAUGUCCAGGCAGCAGCAGCGUCCAUGGAGCAAAAGGAAUGCCAGGACCCUGUGCAUCCAGGCAGGGACCAGCGUCAGCACCAACAGCCAGCACAAAGAUAGCAGAGCCACCUCAGGGUUAAACCAUGAUUCCGGUGACAGAGCUCCGCUACUUUGCGGACACACAGCCAGCAUACCGGAUCCUGAAGCCAUGGUGGGACGUGUUCACUGACUACAUCUCCAUUGUCAUGCUGAUGAUUGCUGUCUUUGGGGGGACGCUGCAAGUCACCCAGGACAAGAUGAUCUGCCUACCCUGUAAGUGGGUCACCAAAGACUCUUGCAACGACUCGUUCCGGGGCUGGGUGGCCUCCAGCCCAGAGCCCACUUACCCCAACUCCACAGUCCUGCCAGCUCCUGACACAGGCCCCACAGGUAUCAAGUACGACCUAGACCGCCACCAGUACAACUACGUGGACGCUGUGUGCUACGAGAACCGUCUGCACUGGUUUGCCAAGUAUUUCCCCUACCUCGUGCUCCUGCACACCCUCAUCUUCCUGGCCUGUAGCAACUUCUGGUUCAAGUUCCCACGCACCAGUUCGAAGCUAGAACACUUUGUGUCUAUCCUGCUCAAGUGCUUUGAUUCACCAUGGACCACAAGGGCCCUGUCAGAGACAGUGGUGGAGGAGAGUGACCCCAAGCCAGCCUUCAGCAAGAUGAAUGGCUCCAUGGACAAGAAGUCCUCUACGGUCAGCGAGGAUGUGGAGGCCACUGUGCCCAUGCUGCAACGAACCAAGUCCCGGAUCGAGCAGGGCAUCGUGGACCGCUCAGAGACAGGCGUGCUGGACAAGAAGGAAGGGGAGCAGGCGAAGGCACUGUUCGAGAAGGUGAAGAAGUUCCGGACCCACGUGGAGGAGGGGGACAUCGUGUACCGCCUCUACAUGCGCCAGACCAUCAUCAAGGUGAUCAAGUUUGUCCUCAUCAUCUGCUACACUGUCUACUAUGUGCACAACAUCAAGUUCGAUGUGGACUGCACCGUGGACAUCGAGAGCCUGACAGGCUACCGCACCUACCGGUGUGCCCACCCCCUGGCCACCCUCUUCAAGAUCUUGGCGUCCUUCUACAUCAGCUUGGUCAUCUUCUAUGGCCUCAUCUGCAUGUACACACUGUGGUGGAUGCUGCGGCGCUCCCUCAAGAAGUACUCGUUUGAGUCAAUCCGAGAGGAGAGCAGCUACAGUGACAUCCCGGACGUCAAGAACGACUUCGCCUUCAUGCUGCACCUCAUCGACCAGUAUGACCCCCUCUACUCAAAGCGCUUUGCCGUCUUCCUGUCUGAAGUGAGUGAAAACAAACUGCGUCAGCUGAACCUCAACAACGAGUGGACGCUGGACAAGCUGCGCCAGCGGCUCACCAAAAAUGCCCAGGACAAGCUGGAGCUGCACCUGUUUAUGCUCAGUGGCAUCCCUGACACCGUGUUUGACCUGGUCGAGUUAGAGGUCCUGAAGCUGGAACUGAUACCCGAUGUGACCAUCCCACCCAGCAUUGCCCAGCUCACAGGCCUCAAGGAGCUGUGGCUGUACCACACAGCAGCCAAGAUCGAGGCUCCCGCCCUGGCCUUCCUGCGUGAGAACCUGCGGGCGCUGCACAUCAAGUUCACUGACAUCAAGGAGAUCCCUCUGUGGAUCUACAGCCUGAAGACACUGGAGGAGCUGCACUUGACUGGCAACCUGAGUGCGGAGAACAACCGCUACAUUGUCAUUGACGGCCUGCGGGAGCUCAAGCGCCUCAAGGUGCUGCGGCUCAAGAGCAACCUGAGCAAGCUGCCGCAGGUGGUCACAGACGUGGGCGUGCACCUGCAGAAGCUGUCCAUCAACAACGAGGGCACCAAGCUCAUCGUCCUCAACAGCCUCAAGAAGAUGGUGAACCUGACGGAGCUGGAGCUCAUCCGCUGUGACCUGGAGCGCAUCCCCCACUCCAUCUUCAGCCUCCACAACCUACAGGAGAUCGACCUGAAGGACAACAACCUCAAGACCAUUGAGGAGAUCAUCAGCUUCCAGCACCUGCACCGCCUCACCUGCCUUAAGCUGUGGUACAACCACAUUGCCUACAUCCCCAUCCAGAUCGGCAACCUCACCAACCUCGAGCGCCUCUACCUGAACCGCAACAAGAUUGACAAGAUACCCACGCAGCUCUUCUACUGCCGCAAGCUGCGCUACCUGGACCUCAGCCACAACAACCUGACCUUCCUCCCUGCUGACAUCGGCCUCCUGCAGAACCUCCAGAACCUGGCUGUCACAGCCAAUAGGAUCGAGGCGCUCCCCCCUGAGCUCUUCCAAUGUCGCAAGCUGCGGGCUCUUCACCUGGGCAACAAUGUACUGCAGUCACUGCCCUCGAGAGUGGGCGAGCUGACCAACCUGACACAGAUUGAGCUUCGGGGCAACCGGCUGGAAUGCCUGCCCGUGGAACUGGGCGAGUGCCCGCUGCUCAAGCGCAGUGGCCUGGUGGUGGAGGAGGACUUGUUCAGCACGUUGCCACCCGAGGUGAAAGAACGGCUCUGGAGAGCUGACAAGGAACAGGCCUGAGCACAGCCUGGAGGAGCAGCAAGGACCCUCAGUGCGCCCUCAGGCCAAGGGGCAACCCAGCUCUCCAAGACUGCUGGACAGCCAGCUGGGUCCAGAUAGGCAGAGCCCGUGCCAGGCAUGAACUGAGCCGCGGCAGAAGACCGGGACUGAGGGCUGGUCCCUUUCCUCCCUCUGGGACUCAUACACCCAGGGCAGAUACUUGCUGGAGACCAGAGUCUCUGAGACUAGUUUCGGAGUACAGUAUUUGGACAGUCAGGGUGUUCACCUUGGAGGCCAUCUUUGCCUCAGAGGCUGAGCCAGCAGCAGAGGCCCCAGGACAGUAACCUAGAUCUGGGUGUUCUUUUCCACUCCCAUCUCCUCUGUGCAAGAUAACUUACACAUUCCCAACAAGGUUUGCCUCUGGGAAGUGUCUAAGCCACCUAGCAGUGUUCGCCUUCUUUGGGUGAUGCUGACAGAAUCAUGUGCCCACCCAGACUUGGGCAUGUUUGGGUAAGGUGAGCCAGCUGCAGGACAGUCGCCUUAUUGGCACUGGACUAGCCUCUGGCAGCAAAGCUUGUGGGAGAUCAGGCCUCCAGGUGGAAAGGUCAGGCCUGGGGCUGGCCCCAUCAGUUUUUGAAGCAAUUUUAGACUUUUUUUUUUUUUUUUAAGCUUUGAAAAUGAUGGUUUGGGUAUUAAAAAACAAAAAACAAACAAACAAAAAACUUAAAAAAAAAAAAAAAAAGACACUAAAGGCCAGUGAGUUGAAGUCUCAGGGUGGGUGGUAUUUCCCCUUGAGCAAAGCAGCAAGACAUUGAACGAAAUUUCCUGUCCUUUGGGUGUGGGCCAGGAUGUCUUCCCAGUCUGUCCUGACCUUGGUCCAGAAGUGCUGUUUGUUCUCUUCUCCUGCUGUUUGCUUUUAGAUUUUUUUUUUUUUUUUUUUUUUUGGUGUUUUGUUAAAUUUUUUACUCUCCUCCAUGGGUCUUGGCAGGCACCCUUUUCAUGGCUGUCAGCCAAAAAAAGGAAGGCUCUGGAGCUGCCAAGAAGGGAGGAGACUUGGUCUGGCUAAUCCCCAGAUGAACGGUGCUCCAUCCCCCCAUGCCCUCCCAAUGCCCCUCCAUGCACAGUGUUAAGGAGCCCAGAGCAGCUGCUUCCCCCAGACCCUGCCCUCACGUCAUGUGGGUUUGCUCAGUGCCACCAUGCACCUCUGCUGCUUAUACUGGCUCUGUCACCAUUGGUCCUCCGUGAAGAGCAGAUACUUAGAGGCAGGCUGGGCAUGGAGAGUUCACCACUGGGAGGGCAGGCUCCCCAGUUUUGGGUUCCAGGACAGUUCUGAUACUGGGCACCUGGUUUGCACACAGUACAGCUAGCACUUAGUGGUGGUAAGCCACUCUGCUUUAGCUCAAUCACUAGGAUCCCCACUUCAGAAGGGUCCUCGCCUUAGAUCAAUCACAUGGACACUAAGGCACGUUUUAGCGUCUCUUGUCUUAACCAGUAUGUCUGUCUCCGUCCAUUUGUGUUUUCUGCGCCGUGUCGUUGGAUGUAACCCUUGGAAACACUGCACACUAGCCUCUGACAACCAUGAAGCAGUCCGUUACACAUGGGUCUGACUUGUAGACUCAGUUCAGAUAUCAAAUAAAUCUAUAACACAA